AUGGGACGGAGCGUGUAUGAAUUUGAUAUUACCAGUCUUUUAAGUUGCAUGAACAAUGAUCAUUUCUAUGUCGAGCAAGUGCUCCUGACAUCUACUCCCACCGUUCGGGUUUAUAAGCUUCCGCCGGGGUUCCAGUUCCACCCGACGGACGACGAGCUGAUCCUCCACUACCUCCGCAACCGCGCCGCCUCCGUGCCGUGCCCCGUCCCCAUCAUCGCCGACGUCGACAUCUACAAGUUCGACCCAUGGGACCUCCCCUGCCAGGCAGUGCACGGGGAGCAGGAAUGGUACUUCUUCAGCCCGCGGGACCGCAAGUACCCGAACUGGAUACGGCCCAACAGGGCCGCGGGCUCGGGCUACUGGAAGGCCACCGGCAAAGACAAGCCCAUCCAUGACUGUGCCACCGGGGAGCCCGUAGGGAUCAAGAAGGGGCUCGUCUUCUACACGGGACGCCCCCCCAUGGGCCGCAGGACCGACUGGAUCAUGCAUGAGUACCGCCUCGCCCUGGAUGACUGGGUGUUGUGCCGGAUCUCCAUGAGCUCCUCCAGCCCGGCGUUGCCCGUGGUGGUGGUGCCGUCGCCCGCUGCCGACGACCACAUGGACAACAGCAACAUUAAGGAUGACGACGGCCUUCUCCGCUUCUUUGUCGAUCCUGGGGCCCCGGGGCUCCCGGGCCCAGCGGUCCCGUCCAUGUCUGAGCUCUUGGACAACGACGAGCUCACUCAGCUCUUGGACGCCGCCGCGCCGGCCGACGAGCACCUCUCCCUCAACCAGCUCCUCUCUAUCGGCGACUGCCACGAUGCGCGUGCCGAGUACUCAUCUUCCCCGCCUCCGGCGCCCAUCAACGCCGGGAAGCGCAAGGCCGCGUGCCCAGAAGAAGAUCGACGCGCCAUCUUCCGUCGGGGAAAGGCUAGCUACAGAAACUGA